UAGCGUCGACGACUCCCUGGGCCGGGGCAGCAGGGGUAAGCAUCCAGGAAACACAUAGUCGAUGCAAAACCAGUCAUCUGCGACUUCAACCGGAUCCCUCCGAAAGAUGAGAGGAGAGUGUAAGAGAAUACGCACAUUGAGAGAAGUCCUCCAUGGAGCUUGAUGGGACUGUGAUGAGUGGCCACCAAGAGAUCUUCCUGAGACAAGUCAUCCUUUAAAAGCUUUUUGCAUCUUCAACUUUGCUGAAAAGUUGGCAUGGAACACCAUCGAUAUCACUGAAGGAAGGAAUUAGCAGAAAAUACAAAAAUAUUUGGUCAAGAACUAUAGAUCUCUUCAAUUUCUUUUACGGACAAGAAUCAGAGAACGAACUGAAGAAAGACAAGAUAUUGAAGCUUUGGUACCAACCACCCCAUUACUCCUUUAACGUGAAUCCCAGGGGUGGUGAGGGUCACUAAAGAAGCCAUGAGUGAAGCUACAGAAGGUGUUCAGGGGGCGAUGGAGAGUGAGGCUCUGGUUCAGUUCAGAGCCACCUUGCAAGCUGCGGUAAGGGAGGUGCAUGUGGAUGUGAGUGCUUUCAAACAACGCAUAGAGCAGAGGAUUGAGGAAGUGUGCAUUUCCAAUGGACCCUUGGCCGAGGCGGUGACCAAGCUGCAGGAGGAGAACCUGCAGCUCCGGUCAAAGCUGGAAGCCGUGAGCCGCAUGGUGGAGAGUCUGGCUGGGGUCACGAUCGAAAGGAGUCCUGCUGAAGUGAAGGGGAAGAGCGGAGACAGUAGUGUAGCAAACGGACAAGCAGAAGACCAGAAAGGUCUGGUUUACUCUGGAAAAUCAGAGAACUGUCAGUCAAGUCAGUCCUCGUCCGCACACUCUGAACCAUCAGGGUCCAGUGGAGGACCAAGCCUUCCUGCUGCUGCUCCCAGCAACACCCCGGUCCCUCCUCCAUGGAGAGCAAAGAGACAUGCCGAAGUAAAUGGCACUGAUGCAAGAGGAGAGAAAAAUGUUGCCACAACUGCACAAGAGAACGGGAACCAAGAGAGCUCAUCAAUGGCCUCUGAAACUGCUCAAGCCGCUCCCCAGUCCCACCGGCCUCUCACCGCCAACAAACAAAGCACAGAGUCUUCUGGAGUAACUAACUCUCUUCAGUCGGCGGUGGAAGCCCCCGCCGUGCCUGACCAGGGAGAAUCAGAUCAUCUGACCAAACCCCAUCAGCCCCUCACUGCAGUGAUGAAAGCCAGCUCUGAAGCUUCAGCUGUCCCUCAGUCUCCCGCCUCAGCGCCCAAAACUGCAAAAGAACCUCCAGUAAAACCCGCAGAGGCUCCUGCUCAGUGUGACGCUGAUGAACCCCAGCCCCAUCUUCCCGUCACUGCCAUGACAACCAAACUCCCAGAGGGUCUGGUCGCCCAGUCUCCAGCAUUGGUGCCUAAAUCAGCUGUCCAGUCCAACGCAGAAGCUCCAGCAGGUACGACUGGAACAAAGGAGCUGAGGUCCCAGGCGUCCCAGGUGUCCCAGGUGUCCCAGGUGUCCCAGGCGUCCCAGGCGUCCAAGGCGUCCCAAGUGUCCCAGGAGCAGUCGGGCUCUGCAUCUCAGGGUUUGGUCCAUCAUCCUCUCACAGCUGUGACUAAAAGCAGCUCUGAGACUUCUGCUGCGUCCAAAUCUGAUCAGAGUCCUGCUACUGCACCAAAUUCUUCAGUCACCGAAUCCCCGACGAUGAAGCGAGGCGAAUAUCCAUUUAGACGUGAUGUUUCUGAACCCAAGCCGUACUUGCCUCUGUCUGCCAUGAGCAAACCCAGCACAGAGUCUUCAUCCUCUGCUGUAACAGCUCAGACUUCAAGUAUUUCAGCAUCACAGGACCCUACAGUAAAACCUGGGGAAUAUCCCUUUAAGAGGGUGCCAGUUCUCAAGACGCCCAGUCCCAGUCUGAAGAGAAGUGUGAGCUUUCCUCAGCCUGCAGAGAAAUUACUUCCCUCCAAAUCCAUCAUAAAAUCUGGUUUCUCGCCUAAUUUGGACAAGAAAGCGAACAAGGCAGGUGGAGUUGAGUUUAAGCAGGAUCUGAUGAAAUCACAAACGCUUCCGCGCUCCAACGGCGCUCAGGCCAAGCGGGCCCUCUUUGAGAGGAUGAACUCAGAGCCUACAAAACCCAAGGAUCCCAAACCGAAACUGAAGCGCUCUCAGAGUUUCGGAGUGUCCAGUGCCAGCGGUAUCAAACAGAUUCUGCUGGAGUGGUGCCGCUCAAAGACCAUUGGCUAUCAGAAUAUAGAUAUCCAGAACUUCUCGUCCAGCUGGAGCGACGGGAUGGCUUUCUGUGCUCUGGUCCACUCUUUCUUCCCUCUGGACUUCGAUUACAACACGCUGAACCCUGCAAAUCGCAAACACAACCUGCAGCUGGCCUUCACCACCGCAGAGGAGCAGGCUGACUGCCUCCGUCUGAUCGAGGUGGAGGACAUGUUGGAGAUGGGGGACAAGCCAGACCCCAUGUGUGUGUUUACAUAUGUCCAGUCGCUUUACAACCACCUGAAGAAGUUUGAAUAACUCUGUAUCAGAGUAGAUGUCACAGUCUAGAGGUUAUUAACCACAGUGUGUUUUUAGCACUUUGAAGGAGCCCUGGUGAACAUUAGGAAAACCACUGCUGUUUGAAUCACAUAAACACAGAUUUUAGUGUUUGACAAAUGUUUUCUCAGCCAAAUCGGGUUUAUACUGUAUGUGUGCAUUCACCAGUUUCCCCAAUUUCCUUUACAAUCAAUAGUGGACUGACACUGGUUCUUAAGAUGGAGUUUCUUAUGACAUGUGUCUGGAUGUGUGUGGCUCUAAUGUUGCUGUAAUUACAGUCAUGAGGCGUUUUGUUUUUCUCUUUGUGUAAUUCAUGAAGAAAUAGGAGGGAAGAUUACCACUCAGUUUAAUAAUAAUAAUGAUAACAGUUUGUAAUAACUGCUGUCAAUCAAUAAGUGUUUGGGAACACGAUCAAUGGUACAAAGCAAAGAGCUAUGAACCAGAGCAGAGAUGAUCCAGUCACAAUGAACUGGAGUCUUGAAUGUGGCAAAAAUAAAGCGGUUUUCUAAUAUAUUUAAUUAAUAGCGUGAAUGUUUAACAUCAGUGUGACAAACUGCAGAUUGUAAUUUUGUAAAUAAUUUAAUUAAGAUCUGCAUGCAGCAGCAGUGUCAUUUUUUUCAGUGGCACAACAUAAGUCAGUCAGGUGUGAAAUUUAGGGUUAACAAUAAUUCUAGUUAGAGUGACGCCAGAGAUUGCACUUUUCACAAUUAACCCUUUAAAACCUGAGCAAAUUGCCUUGAUUUCUUACCAAAAAAAUUGCAAAAUUAGAUAACGUACAAGAAAAUUGCCUGAAAUAAGUUUAAAAAAUGUAUAUAUAUAAAACAAGGUGAACAAGACUUGGAUACAGUGCUUAAAAGAUGAAAAUAAUUCUGUAACAUAACUGCUUAAAGCAGCACAAGGGCAGUGAUAUCACUUCAGGUUUCAAAGGGUUAAACUACUUAGUAUUCAUUAUAAAUCACCAUAGUUCAUAUAAGAACAAGAAAAUUAGAUAGUGAGCUGACCCUGAGUUAAGAUAUUUGUUUCAAACCAAGGACAUAGGUUUUGUUUUGGAAAUUUGGAGCAUCAAAGACUUAAUUUCCUGUGUUUUGGUGGAUUUUCGUGCACCAGUGUUUACCUUCUCUGCAUUCAUUUAUGGUGGAAAUUUAUUUUUAUUUGUCAGAAUAAAAGUCCUCUGAUACGUUACUGUUUUUAUAAGGGGGCCACAUGCAUAUUUUACAUAUUUAGGGAUACAUUUAUGCAUAUUCCUCAAAAUUGUAUCAAACUACUGUACUUUUUUCCAGGUAAAUAAUGAAAUGUAAUGUUCUGUAAAGUUACACCCCAAACUGGAAAUGUCUCUCUUCAUGAAAGAAAUGCGGAAUGAGAGAUAUUAACAUGUUUUUGCAAUGAUCAUCCAUAAUCAAACCAUAACCUGUCAGUUAAGUUUUAUCAAAUAUCCAGGGGCCCACAUUAAAAACACACUCUAAUGGAGAAGCCAUGAUGAAAA